GAAAGUGGAAGCCAACACCACCACAAUACAUUCGUUAAGGCACACAAAAGCACAAGCGGUUACGAAGAAACUGGGAAGUUGCUUUCGCUUUCACUCUUAAAUUUGGCCCAUUCUUUCACACCCAAAAGACUUUGGUCCCCAGACGAAAAUGCAGACCAGUAGCCAACUUCCGUCCACAAACUGGAAAGUGUAACCAAUCGUGUGGACUGAAUCUCUUUCUCUGCUCUUCUUCAAAAUGUAUUGCCCAAAUUUAGACUACUUCCCCAUGAUAAACGGAUCGCUCUUCAUAUUACACGCAGAAACCAUUCCUCAGAAUUUAUACACCUCUAAACAAUCAUCAUGUCUCUAACAAUUAAACUACACAUCACUCCUUACAAUACCCUCAAUCUGCUUACAAAUACCAAAACAAAAUUCACAAGUUACACCACUAGAAUUAGACCAAAAGCCAUUUAUCACACCAAUCCAUUACUCCAUUGCGUGUAUAAUAACCAACCCAGAAUGCAAAGUUCUUCCUUUCCUUGUAUCAAGAGCUCGUUGAUUGACCCAGAUGGUGGUUCCCUGGUAGAUCUGGUGGUGCCAGAGAGCCAGAGAGAAUUGAAAGCUAAUGAGGCUGCAUCAAUGCCUAAGGUGAAGCUGACAAAGAUUGAUGUGGAGUGGGUUCAUGUGAUUUGUGAAGGAUGGGCUAGUCCUCUAAAAGGAUUUAUGAGAGAAAAUGAAUAUUUGCAGAGCUUGCACUUUAAUUGUUUGAGAAUGGAAGAUGGGUCUCUGGUUAAUAUGUCACUACCAAUUGUAUUGGCAAUUGAUGAUGAGACUAAGGAGAGAAUUGGGUCGGAGAAGAAUGUUGGGUUGGUUGCUCCUGAUGGUGAAUUAAUUGCUACUCUUAGAAGUAUUGAGAUAUACAAGCAUAACAAAGAGGAAAGAAUAGCAAGAACGUGGGGUACAACAGCACCAGGAUUGCCAUAUGUUGAGGAGUAUAUUACUCCAGCUGGAAAUUGGCUCGUAGGUGGAAAUUUGGAAGUACUAAAGCCUAUCAAAUAUAAUGACGGGCUUGAUGACUACAGGCUCUCUCCCAAACAACUUCGGAAGGAAUUUGAUAUGCGAGAAGCUGAUGCAGUUUUUGCAUUUCAGUUGAGGAACCCAGUGCAUAAUGGGCAUGCCUUGUUGAUGAAUGAUACACGCAGGCGGCUUUUGGAAAUGGGAUACAAGAAUCCAAUUUUACUGCUUCAUCCUCUAGGAGGUUUCACCAAGGCUGACGAUGUACCUUUGGAUGUCCGGAUGGAACAACAUAGCAAGGUCCUAGAAGAUGGUGUUCUUGACCCCAAGACUACCAUCGUCGCUAUAUUUCCAUCACCUAUGCAUUAUGCAGGUCCAACUGAAGUGCAGUGGCAUGCCAAGGCACGAAUAAAUGCUGGUGCCAAUUUUUAUAUUGUAGGUCGUGAUCCUGCUGGUAUGGGCCACCCAACAGAGAAGAGGGAUUUAUAUGAUCCUGAUCAUGGAAAGAAGGUGCUAAGCAUGGCUCCUGGCUUAGAGAAGUUAAAUAUUUUACCAUUUAGGGUGGCAGCAUAUGACACUCUGGCAAAGAAGAUGGCCUUUUUUGAUCCAUCUCGUGCUCAAGAUUUCCUCUUUAUAUCUGGAACUAAGAUGCGAACUUAUGCAAGAACUGGUGAGAACCCCCCAGAUGGUUUCAUGUGUCCUAGCGGUUGGGAAGUCCUGGUUAGAUAUUAUCAAAGCUUGCAAGUAGAAGAGGCACAGAAGGCAACUGUUUUAUCCGCUUAAACAUGUGACUUAUGCCCAGAAUUUCAGGCAAAUUCUUAGUUCAAACAAGAGAAGGAAGAACUUUAGGAUUUAGCCGCACAGUAUCUGAAUUCGUUCUGGUGGCAACUAGUGAACAAUUAGAGCUUCUUUUGAACAUCGGGAGUUGGAUUUUAUUUUUUUCUCUUUUUCCCCUCAACUAGGUUAUACCUGGCAUGGAUAUGAGAUGCUGAAUUAUUUGUUAUUCAUUUUAAAGUCAAAUAUUUAUAUGCAAGAAUAACACUUUUGGGGAUUUUCGUGCCAAGUAUAUACUCAGAGUGGGAUAUUCACUCGAUCCAUUUAAGCUUGA